GGGACUCUGUAUAUUAGAGCCCUGCUUCAGAGGCAGCCCCCACUGUCUCUCCCUCUGACCUCGGACUCUCUGCUCAGGAGGGCUGGCCGGUGGACAGGGGCCGACGCUCGUGAUUCCUGGUGUGGACCGGGGUGUCUGCUGCUGGUUCUCGCCAGCUGGGCUGGGUGAAGAGGCCAGGGAGGAGGAAGAGGAGGAUGAGUGAGGCCAGGAAGAAAAGGGUGGUGGAGCUCACGGGAUAUGAGGAGAGCGAGCUCUUGGGGCGCUCUGUGUACCAGUACUACCACGCCCUGGACUCCCGCCACAUCCUCAAGACGCACCACAACCUGUUCUCCAAGGGGCAGAGCUCCACGGGCCAGUACCGGCUGCUGGUGAAGCGGGGGGGCUACGUGUGGGUGGAGACGGACGCGACAGUGGUCUACAACAGCCGCAGCGGCCAGCCCCAGAGCGUCAUCUGCGUCAACUACAUCCUGAGUGAGCCCCUGGAGUCGGAGGUGAUCUUCUCCCUGGAGCAGACGGAGGACCUCUCCCCCUGCCCCGUCGCCGGGGAGCCCCUGCCCCUCUGCGCCCCUCUCUCCGGGGGGUGGGGGCAGCUGGCACGGGCGCCUGCCGAGACCACGACGGCACUGUACUGGGAGAGGGGGCAGCCAGGUGAGCCCUGCGCCACGCGGAGUCCAGGUGCCCAGUGGGGCUGGAUGUACAUCACACUGUGGCUUCUACAUCAGUUCUGCACCUCGGCUUCUGGGGGUCAACAGGGUCCAGAGUCAAUAAGGUCCAGAGUCAACAGGCACCCCGACUCUGUGGAGGGAGGUGUAGAUGAGGGGACAGGACCGCUGAUGGAGAGGCUCCUGGAGUGGAGCUUUGACAGACAGGUCCAGCACCACCAGCAGCAGGACUUCACAGAGGCGGACCUGGACACGCUGGCGCCCUACAUUCCCAUGGACGGCGAGGACUUCCAGCUGGCCCCCAUCGUGGAGGAGGGGGCCCGGGGGCCCCUGGGGGCGGGCUCUUUCUCUGGGCCCCUGCUCUCCCUGGGAACCCCUGAUCGGCAGGGCUGUGGGAGACCCGCUCCCUCCGUCUUGGGCCCCCAAUCCUCACCCUCUCUUCCCAGGCCCCCGGCCCUGAGCGGACCCCCACAGCGAGGGGCGCUGUGGCCCCCCCGCCUCCCGGUCCGGGGGCCCUCCUGCCCCCGCGGGCCUCCGCAGCCCCCGCGAGCCGCGGGCACCAGGCCGAGCUGGACCGACUCGGCUGCGUCUCGCCCGCAGUGCGGCUGUCACCAGGCCUGGGAGCGGGACCACGCUGCCCCCUUGUGGAAGAGAACGAAGCUGCCUCUGGAGCUCCGGCCCGGCACGCAAGCCACGGGGGACCCCUCCUGGUGGAGCUCUGCUCUCUCACCUACCCUCCCAGGGACAGAAGUAUGUGGCUGCAGCAGGGCUCCCCAGGGCUCAGUGCCAUGGGCCCCAGCGUACACAGGGGCUCUGGGGACACCCCCAGGAUACACAGGAGCAACAGGGACACCCCCAGGCUACACGGGGGCUCUGGGGACACCCCCGGGGUACACAGGAACUCCAGGGAUGCCUUCUAGGCAUCCUUUCUCCAGCUCUGCCCCCCCCAGGUCUGGCGGGGUGACCGGGGUGAGCCGGGUGCUGCCGGUUCUGAGCCCCUGGGAGUGCGAGGUUAAUGCCCCCCUGGGCCCAGCGUCCAGCCUGCUGGACGGCGCCGAGAUCCUGUCCGCGCUGGACCAGGCCGCGACCCGCCUGGAGGAGCUGGGGACCCUGUGAGAGAGGAGGGUCGUCCCAGCUGUCCGGAGCUGUCCGGAGCUGUCCAGGCCUGGACUCAGUGAUGCUACUGGGACACAACGCCUGUCCCGCACACCACAGACAGGGUGUUUGAGUACUGUGCACUUUCAAAAGCCAUAACAAGAAUAUCAAACAUAGCUAUUAUAUACAGUAUGUAUCUUCUGUCAUUGUAAAGGAAACGCAGAGCACUGCUAAAAGUUUUGUAUUUUUGUAUGGACUCCGUAUCUGUCUCUGUGCGUCUCCCAGGUGGGGCUGCUGGGGCAGAGCUG